CCGACGUCCAUCAUGGGCGCGAAAAAGACAUUAUGGAUCGCGUGGAUCAUCAACUUCGUCUUCGGGUUCCUGUUCUGCAUAUGCGCGAUCGUCAACGCGAGCGCGGUGGAUAAGAUUCGGGACCACGCGCACGGGCUCGGGGAUUCAUCCACGGAAGAUCUCAUCACCGCCAUCGUGACGACGCAAGCCUACGGCGUCGUCAUGUGCAUCAUCUACGGGACCUUCUCCCUCCUCGUGCUCCUCCGCAAGACGACCGCGAACAGCGGCGCGGGGGUCAUGUACGGCGUCAUCAUCGGCAGCGCCGUGCACAUGUUCUUCGCCCUCGCGCAAGUCUCCGCGCUGUUGAUGGAGCACGAGUCGUGGAUUAAGUCCCUCCCCGCGGAAUACCACUGGGAAUCGGACGACAAGAAGACCUACGAGGCGACGUACGUGAUGGGGUUCAUCUCUUGCGUGCUGUUCUUCGUUCUCGCCGUCGUGAAGGUGUUCUGCAUCUCCGCGGUGACGAAGGGCGACGAGCCGUACGACUCGUUCAGGGAUCGGUACGCGCGCGAGGGCGGCGCGUCCGCGAACGCGGCGUGAUCGCGUUCGUCGUCGCGAGAAGUUUUACGGAUGCGCGCUAUAAGGUGUGAUGGAAUAUGACGAACGAAGAGAGCGUCCACUCUCAUCACUCC